UACAAAAUCCCAAUGUUCCAAUUUUCCAAAUUUAUGAAAAAUAAUUGCCACAGACAUUUAAAUACAUUAUGAAUGAGUUAUAUAUCGCAUGUGCAAAACGCAAUUUUACAUCGAUUAACAUUCUUGUGACAUCAAAACGCUUUUGGAUAUUUAAAUUUCUUCAUAGGAAACUUAAAAAGCGUGAUCGAUACAGAUUAUAUUGGAACGUAGCUAAGCUACCUGGUUCCAGAAGACGCGUGAUAUCUGUGUAGUAGUCGUGUCCAAUAUGGCGUGUAUAUUCAGAAUUGCAUUAACGUGCAGGUAAGCCUUUGUUCGAUUUUUUCCGAUCCAUAUUGGACAGAUAAAUUGAAAAACAAAAGUCCACACAUCUUGUAAUCGUAACUUUUCAUGUCAACCUAUAACUUCUGUCGCAAAACGUGAAAUUAAAUAUUAAUACAUGUUUUCCCUUAAAAUAUGUGAACUUUGUCAACCUUUGCACCUUCAAGGUCUGUUUAGUGAGGUGCAUUUAUGAUGACAGGUGUGUCGUGUGAAGAAUAUAUAUUUUCGACCGAAUAAUUCAAAAAGGAAUAAUAACUUUCCAUGGAACAAAAGAAGAAAAACAUUUUAGAGGAACAUAUUUACUGUACAGUAAAGUUUGCUGUUGGCAACUGUUAUGCAGAUUCUGCUCCUGCCUUUAGUACGAUCGUUUGUGAAUAAAGGGAAUCAGAUAAACAUUGAAAACUUGUAGUCAAACAAUGUACAAUGAACUACGGUGGAAAUAUGCCAGAUUGGCACCAAUAUAAUGCUUCUCAAACAAAUGAAGUUACGUCUUCUACUCAAAAUGUGAAUUCUGGUCACUUAGCAUUCAUUCCUGGUGUUAAUCAUUCUACCUUGAAUGCUCUCAGUCUUGGUUCAGAGAAUCUUAACAAGCAUCAAAGUGAUGCCACUUUUAAUCCAAGAAACUACCAGUCUUACAACAAUGUCUCAAAUGGUCCUAACAUUCCAAACAAUAGUCCUCUUGCAUCCAUGGUGCAAAUGCAAAACUGUAUUGGACACUAUGGUUCUACGAAUACAAGGAACCCUAUGUUGGAUAACAUAAAUACUUCAGUGGAUCCUAGAAAUGCUACAGUUGGGGCUAUAAAUGAUGAAAUAGGAUAUCGGACUAACCAGGUGCCUUUUAAUGGGCCUAUUGGCCAUCUAAGUGGGCCAAGUUGUAAUUUAAAUGCAUCAUCUGGACCUAUACCUGGACCUGGACCAGGACCAGGUUCAGGAUUUGGACCACAAACUAAUUCUGGGCCAGGAUCUAAUUCUGGAAACAAUUCUGGGAAUGGUCCUGGCCCUAAUUCUAUGUACGGACCCGGUCCUAGGCAUGGACCUAUACCAGGACCUGGAUCAGGAUCAGGGUCUGGAAAUUUGGGACCAAGAAGCACUAAUAUUAAUUCAGUAUCUUCUGGAAAAUCUGGACCUUCUUCGUUUAUGCCUUGUAAAGGUGUUUGUUGUAAUUCUAAUCCUAAUAUUAAUUAUCAACAGUGGGAAAAGUUUGGACCUUAUCAAAAUGCUGCACCCUUUAGAGAUAAUGUACAUUUGUCUGGUUGCCAAAUGGAAAACAGACAUUUUGGAAAUAAUUGCAAUUUUAGAAAGGAUAAUUUAGAAGGUAAAGAAGUAAUGGGACCUGUAUUACCUAAUGCACCUGCCAUAGAUCAUAGAAGAAACUAUUCUGAUUACAAAUAUCAUAAAGAUCAUUUAGCACAUAGGAAUUAUCCAGCGUCUUCGGGAAUGUUUCAUAAUUAUAAUGUACAAAAUUAUAACUAUUCGACAGAGCAUCAGAAAUAUACUUAUCCUAUGAAAGAGCAUCCAAAGGCAAAUAAUAUGAAUAUGUCGAAUUCAGGAAUGCUUAAACACCAAGAACAGAACUUUAUUACUCAACAGAAAUUUAACAAUAAACAGUUUCAAUAUCAAAAUGGAAAUAUGCUACCUAAAGGAGUGCCUACAUUAAACGUCAACACUAAUAUGGCGUCGUCCCCACAAAAUCCUUAUUUGAAUGCACAAUUUCCACGAAACAUUACAACCGAAAUGAAUCACGAAUGUCAAGAAACUACUGACAGCACUGCAGUUGUAAAUAGAAUACCGAACACGUUUAUGCAUAGUACUCCUUCUCAGCAUCAAGUGUAUCAACAUAAAAUUGCGAUGCAAAAAUAUGCGAUGGAAAAUCACCUUAGGGAAUUGAGUAACAUACCUGGUUAUCAGUCUCACCCAAAAUAUAAAGAAUGUGUUCUGAGAUACAGGGAAAUAUUAAAACUACAACAAUCAACUGGUUACCAAAAUCCUGUUCAACAGAACCCACGCGUUGCAACACCAGUUAACGCUUCGGUACCACCGAUUAAUUUACACUUUGAUCAGAAUGGUAUGUUGAUAAAUUCAAGCUACAUCGCUGAUGGAUUUAGUAAAGUGCAGCAUGCGCCAGCGGUAGAACAACCAUCAGAAAGCAUAGAAAAACAGUCUAAGGAUCAAGCCAUAGCCAUUGCCAAUGAAAAGCGUCAGCAAGUGCAGCAAGCAGAACAGUUAAUAAUCCCUCCACAAAGCGAGCGUAUUCCUUCAUCUUGCGUGGAAACGUUUCAGAAGCAAAAUCAGUUUCCUAUACGCAAGGAUUUUAAUCAGAACCAAUUAAAAGUACAAACGAGUGAGAGUCAUAGUUUUGAUACAUUAAACGCUGUUAAGAAUAACGAAACAGCGAUGUUACAGCAGAAAGCUUCUAAAGAAUUUGCCAAUAAACCAGAGCUCGAUGUCCGGCAGUUUUUGGCCAACUGGGACGAAACCGACGAUGAAGAUGGGGCGACAUCGAAUUUGCAAGACACUGCUUUGAGUGAAACAACUCCAGUUGUCGUGGUAAGUUACGAAAACGUGGAUCUAUCGCCGAAAACACCGCAGGAUGCUGAGGUAUCCAAAAGAACUAGCUAUUGCUCAAACGAAACUGACUUGGACAAUGCCAAGGAAGGUGAAACAAACGCGAUAGCAACUCAAGAUUGUUUAACGAUAUCUUACUCGCCGUCUGAGAGCACCGAAAUUGCGAAGACAUCCAAACGAACGAUCAGAGAAGGCGUGGUAAAACCUGGUAGCAUUAUACACUGUAUAAGCAACGGUCCUGACGAAAUACCCACGAUACAUAUAGUUGAUAAUUUAGAAAUAAGCAACAUUCUAGGCACGUGUAGCGAACAAGUCAUACAAACGUUGGAAAAACAGAAGACGAUAUCUUUCUUCAAGGAAACAAGUAACAACGAAACGGAACCGAUGACUCUGGAAGACGCUGAGCAGCAAGAUAAGAACGAGACUGACGUAUUAUCAACUAAUUAUGAUGGAUCUCUUAACGAUGUAACCAAAAACGACAACAUGGAGGAUCCUGAUCCCGUUCGAACGAGUACUGUGUCUAUAAACAGCCAAGAGUUGAGAACAAAAAACAAUCUGGACGUUACUAACAACAUGGACUUGAAGAAGCAGAGUAGCUUCGCGAGCGAGGAAUCCCAUAAUCCAGACGAUAUCAGUUUACCAGAUUUACCAACAUCAGAAUGCACGCCAAUCUCUACUACCUUGAACACUCCUAUUCAUUCUGACACAGAAGAGUCCUCACAGAACAUGGAGGACCUGUCUAUCUCGACAAACCCGAUAGAGGUGAUGCAGAACAGUCCUGUGAUCAGUUUCACCCAACUCAACAACGAGGAAAAAUCAAAAAACAGAUCUCUUGGCACGCUGGAGCUGGAAUUUCAGAAACAAAACAGUUACAAAACAAACGAUCAAGAAGUAACCCUUGGUAACUUCAACUUUGCAAGUGAUUGCAAAGUAAAAUCAGCUGAAACUAAAGGUAAGCAGGUAAAAAGUUUAGGGAUCAAUACAGUAAAAAAGAAGGUGUUCUUGAUAGAUGGUAGAGAGAUUGAUACGAGGAUUUCAGACACGUGUGCUGCUUUGACGUCCAUCGAGUACGAACUGGGUGUUGAACAAGAGCCAGUGGAUCAUGAGAAAAGUUCAGAGCGUGCGUCUCCUGGUUGUGUGAAACACAGAAGCGCCAGGAAAUCGACGGAUUCGGUGGAUAACAUCGUUCAGAAUGUUGUUUCCACAGGUAUCAAUGCAAAUUUGAGCCCAGCAGAAUCUGACGACGAAACGCAAAUCAGAAGGAGAAAAAUAAAGACUUCGAGCGUGUCCACCAGUACCAACUCCGAAGUUGAUAUCAGAAAAAGAGCGAAGGAGAAAAUGGACUUGGAAGACAAAGGCGCGAAUAAAUAUUCAGAGAGAAGUUUAUCUCAGAGAAAAGACACGACAGACCAUUUGAGACAAUCAAAAGGUUCCGACGCGAGAAGAUUCGACGAAGCAAGUUCCUCCCAAAGCGAGGAGCACCCUGUGUGCCAUAUGACUUCUCAAUACAAACAUUAUUCCGUUGCUGUGAUAAAGGAUAAAGUUACUUUAAGCGAUAAACGGUCGGGCCGUGGCCUAGACAGGACUUCCGGCGAUAAGUCGCCGGAAACGAGAACGAGCAACAAUACCAAAGAGUUUUUAGACGAGAUGGAAAUUAAGAAACGCGUUUCUGGCAGGACUCACGAAAGCGUUCAAAGUUCAAGAAAAUCCGAAUUGUUGCAGAAAGAUCUGAAACCCGUCGACGGGGACGUUAGGUACACCGCGGAGGAGAUACGCAUGUUGAAGGAGUAUAGGCGAAGAAAAGUUCAGGACAAGUCCAAGCAUUCCUUUAAAACUUCAGAAGAGCCCCAGAAGAACGACGAGAACUCGUCUCGUUCCAGAAGCAGUAAACUCGAAUGUCCCCAAAUACGACAGUCCAGUGAACUUCAUGGAGCAUGUUCAGAGCAGAAUUUGUCGGUGGUCGAGUCGACUGCGAAGAAACUGGAUACGCGAGAGGAAAUGGGACAUGCGUGUUCGAAAAGCUUCUGCAAGAACACUGACUUUGGGAUUCAAGUGGCGAACGUGAAUUUAAAAAUCAAAGACAAUGACAUGGGCAAAGAACUGAUUCUGGGGGAGAAGGGUCCAGAGCAGAUAAAAGAUUCCCUAGAAGGAAUCCAGAUCCAGAUAAACGUAUCGUGCACGGAUCAAAACUCAAAGGGACAGGAGCAGAAAAGGUUGUUGUACGACGAUAGAGGUUUGUACGAAGUUGAAGAGUCACCUGCAUUAGACUGUCAAUGUCGAAUACACGCCAAAGAACAGGAAACGGUUGACGCUUCGAGAACGGCCGACAAAGUUCACAGAGUAACCGACAAGCCCGUGGACGCUGUUGAGGUAACUACUGUGGACACGAAUGCGAAUUCUUUCAAAAAACGUAGGAGAGCUUCGAUGGGAACUAACGAAGACACUUGUGUUCUAACUUCGACGCGUAGCGAUGCAUGUUGCAAAGAAAUGUUGAAGGCGGACUCAGUGGGUAUUUAUCCCGUCGACGAUAAAUUGAAGCGUGCAAUAUCCAAUACUGCCAUAGUCGAUGCAAAUAAUAAAAUUAAGGCGAAGAGUAAGUGCGAAGGCGACAGAGAGGAUAGCAAGAACUUGGAAACAGUGAAAGUACAAAAAGCACCUUUCACGAGUUUCGUGGACACUUCCAUGGAAGUGUUCAAGAGACACGAGGAAAAGGAAGCGGCUCAUCAGCCGAAAAACACGAAGAAACUACUAGAUAGUGGUCUCGAAGCCAGAUCGCUGAGUUCCCUGAACUCUUUAGAUUUUAAUUUCGACUACAAAAAGUACUCUAACGUGAACUUCGAACGCGAGCUGGACGACGAUUACCCGGGCAAAUGGAAGAAGCCAAAGAUCGAUCAGAUUUUUGAAGACUGCGAUGUGUUUCAAAGUAGUAGCGGCUACGUGAAUCCUAUUUUCUCGAGUAUAGAUAAGCUGGAGGACUUGCACACAGUUCCUGUAUACACUACCAAAGACGGCAAGAUAUCCUACAGCCCUAAUCGAAGAUUUACCUACCACGAGCUGAUGAUGGAGGCUCGUAAACGAGAAACUUGUGUUUCUGCGAAGAAGUCUCAUUAUGCGGACACCUGGAACAAUUAUUAUAACUCGAAAUUUCGCAAACUGUAUAAGAGAAAGCGGCAUCAUCCUUUCAGCGAGAAAAAGAAAUACGAAUUCAAGAGCACCAAGUAUCUGUACGACAGGAAGAGGAAUUAUUCGGAUGAGUUUUAUGGAAAAAGUAACACGAGGUACAAGGAUUAUGUGCAUAGCAUUAAAAAUAAUAAUGCUGUCUGGAUAGAUCAGUAUAAAAUGGACAGUAGCAGCGACUCGGAUGAGGAGAUCAAACGUCGCAUUGCUGAAAGUAGUUCUAAAAAGAGUCACGAAACCAAACUUGUAUCCUCCAAAUCACCUAAAAACCAUGUUACCGUUGACGAGUUGGAUGGGGACUGUAGAAACAAGGAGGAUGAUAUGUCUGAUGUAUGCUUAAGUAAAGAUAAAAAUACGUGCUUAGAAGAAUCACAGUCUGUUCGGGUGCAGUCGCUCGAUGGUGGUACAGGUAAUGAAAGUUGUCAAGAUAAUGAUAAUAUUGUAAAUGAUAAUCUUACUCUUAUGCAAACAGAUGCUACGUUGCCAACAACAAAUCAGGGUAAAGAAGAGGCUAACUCUAAUCUAAAUGAAUGUUCAGCAUUGGAGGAAUUAUGUGAAUUAACUCCAGAGAAGCUUGAAGUAAAUGAAAGUAAGAAUUUAGGUGAUGAAUGUACUGAACUGCCUGUUGAUGAAUCCAAAGAUUCAACUGUUCCUGCUAAUGAAGAAGAAACUGUAAAUACUGCAGAUGGAUCUUCAGCUUUGGAGUUGCUCAAUGAAGCUCCUUCAUCAAUGAACGAGGACGAGCAGAAUGCAUCGAGUAACGUUGGAGAAGACAAGAACAGCGAAAUUUGUCUUUCAGAAACAACACAGCUCGAUAAACAAGAAGAGGAAAGUGAUGGUUCAAAAGUGGUGGAUGAUCAGCCUUCUGUAGAUAAUACAGAGAAUAUAAAACAAGUUGAUGCUUCCGAAGAUUUGCAAAGUCAUCAGACUGAGUCAGCAGAAUUUGAAAUAAACGUGGCAGAUUGUCCAACAACAGAGAGUUCAGAGUCUCGUGUAGACUCUAGUAAUAUAACUGCGCAGAUCUCGGAAGAAUUUCUGGAAUCUGAAAAAUAUAUAAGCACCUCUGAUAAAAUGGCUGAAGAAUCAUCUGAGAAUGUUAACAAUAAAGUGGACGAAGAAUCACCAAUAAUAUCAGAAGAAAAUAUUUUAGAUUGUGCAGAAGAGAAUAUUCAACUCACGGAAGAAAUAGUCCUUUUGUCUAAAGAGCAAGAACCUGAAGAAUGUAUGAGCGAAGAAAUUGAAAAGAAUGUUGAGUCAUUAGUAUAUGAAAACGGUGGUAAUUCUCCAAAAGAGGCUGUAAACGAGAUGUCAGAAGAGCAAGAGAACUCUGAAUCUCAAUUAGUGCAGAUGGACGCAGCAAUUGAUCAACAAAAUAAUCUAGAUUUUGGUAUGCUUGAAACUGUUGAAAAUCAAAAAGAUAUAGUCAUUGCUUCUGUUCAGAUGGGACAGAACGAAGAAGAACCAAAUUUAUUAGAUUUUUCCAAAGAUACUAUUUAUAAUGAAAAUGAUAAUGCCAUUGAAAGUUUAGAAGCAUCUAAUGCGGAGGAAAUGGAAAUGGCUUUAUCAAGUAUAGAAGACACAUCAGUGGAAGAACAGGAAAUGAUGGAUCAUCUGCAUGACCACUGUAGCGAAAUGCAGAGUAUGUCUGAACACAAUUCGACUAGAAGUUCUUCGGUAGAAAAAGAGAUGCCUGUUCUGAACGAGUAUUGCACUAUCGAUGAUUCUCCGGUUGAACAUCCUGACGAUAUAGACAGAACGGAAUAUGACACUGAAAAGCAAGAUCCUCUGUCUUUUGAUCCAUAUGGUAACUGCAGUCAUUCCCCAGAAAGCAAUACGGAUGUAAAAGCAAUACCAAAGCUCAUCAUCAAGAAGGAUGCUUUAAAUACAAAGCCCGAGUCUUUGUCAAACUGUACUGAAACUGAUAAUUGUUCGGACAUGUACGAUGCAAAGCUGCUUCCCGAAACACGACCCAAGAUUCCAAAAAUGAUAAUUGUGAAGAGUAGAUCUCGUUCAGCAACUCCCACUGUAGAGCUCUUAGAAAAAGCAAAAUCUGAAAGAACACCGCAACAUUCUUCAGAGGACAACGAUGUAAACGUAAACGUAGAUAACAGCGACUCGGAACAGUACACCUUAAAGUACAACUAUAAAAACAAGGUACCAAAAGUGAAGAUAAAGUUGGAAGAUAUAUCUUCAAAAGAUUUGAAGCUGUACUUGAAGCGGAAGGCUUUGAAGAGUGUUCCAAAAAUGAAGAUCAAGAAACUUAAAAAUCAAGAUGUCAAGCAUGUUUCAAAAUAUGAAACACAGGAUACCUCUGAGUCGGACGCUACUGAUUCUGAAAACGAGAGUCACCAGGCAUCAAUGGUUAGCGAUGCAGAAUCAGAAAAGAUACCAAAGCUGAGACUGAAGAGACAAGACGAAGACAAAUCUGCGGAGCAAGUAAGAGAAAAAGAUUCCAAAGUGAUCCCAAAGAAAAGCAGGAAAACGAAGGAAGAAGAUGCAAAGCAUUCGGUGAAGCAGGACAACAUCGCAGCUGACGAUGAGCUUAGAAAAAAGUUUCCACAAUACAUUAUUGAGAAAGUUCCCAAAGUUAUUAUAAAAAGAACGCAAAUAGGGACAGAGUUUAAAUGUGAAAUUAGCAAAAGUAAAAAGGCGUCGGUUGCUGAAACCUCAAAGUGGCAACCAAAGGUGAAGCUACAGAGACUAGAACUUUUGGAUCAUAUCGUGAAGGAUUUGAAGCAAUCAAAAAUUACAUUAAAGAAUAUAUUCAACACGCCAACUCUUGUUACAGAUAGCAGUACCAGUGUUGCUGACAAGAAUUUAAAUCAGAAUAGUAAAGUUAAAUUAUCUAGGUCUAAUUCAGUAUCCAGUUUAUCUCUUGUAAAGUGUAAACAGAGGAGAUUGUCAGAUUCUGGUUACUUAAAGGAUACCAAAUCAAUUAGUGAGUUCAGUAGCAAUUCAAGAAGUUCCAAUGAUAGGGUAGCUGGUUCUACAUUAGUCAACGAUGAAACUGCAAAGAAAAAAAAUAGAAAAAGAUUGUCUUCUCAGAGUAAAUCAGUGAAUACUGAUCUAAAUAAUCAGAAUGAGUCAGAUGAAACGUCAAGGAGCACGGAAAGGAACUUUAGAAAUUUUCUUAUAAAUGAAUAUAAUGAUCUGAUGAUUACAAAAGGCGAAUACAAUUCGUGUUUUAUGACUGAGGAAAGCUCACCUUCCGUAGAAAACAAGUUUCUAGAAUCUGAUAUUACACGGUUGCACAGCUACGACAAUAAUGAUAAUUCCAUUAUUAAAGUUGAGUCUUCAGAUGAUAGUCAAACCACCAUAGAAAUUUUGCCAGCAUCGCCGGAUAGCUGUGACGGUGAAACAGAAAAAAAUUGUGAAUUCGAGAGGAUUAAUAAAUUGCACAUGGAGGAUGCUAUACCAACUCAACUGGAACUUGAAUUAGAGCUCAUUGAUAAUAAAAUGCAACAUUCCGGUAUGUUUAUGUUAGACAACGAUCAUGCUUCACAUUCCAAAAAUGAGUACCCAAACGAGAAGUCGAGGGAAACUUACUUCAGCGAGUUCCAACGUUCUUCGGAUGAUACUUUCAGUCAGAAUAAGUACAUGUUUGAACAGAAUGGACAGAGUUCGAGGAAUACAUCAAAUGAUUACUUUUACUGCACCGAUUUGUUAGUCAAAGAAGUGCUAGCUGCCAAAGAGGCUCUGAAGAAAUGUCUAACUCGACCUGAGAACAAAGAUCUGGAAAGCUGGACGUCAAGGCCUAAAACUAUGGCAGAGAAGAAGCAAGGUUCAAGUUUUAAUUUUAAGGGUUUUGAAGAGUCAUGUGAAUCUGAAUGCGCAGGUUGCAAUGAUGGCGAUGAUGCAAAGGUACAUAGGAAAUCUAAGAAUUUGGAAAAGAAAGAACACAAAUCUCCUCGUCGAGACGCUGAAGAAGCUGAAGAAAGAUACUUGAAGCAGAAUAAGCAUCUCUCUGUGGGAAAAGAGAUCUCAAAGGAUUCACAGAAUGAAAUGAUUUACACUGUAGAAUGUCCUACAGCUUCUACGUGUGGACGCACUAAUGUACCUGAGUCAACUACAAUUUCUUUGAAGACUUCUAAGAAAUCGGAUAAGGAUUCAACGAAUGAAGUAUCUGCGAUAGAAACUGAUAUUACGGAAUUAACUGAUAAGCUCAAAGAUGGAAAAGAAUUUCACGGAGAGAAAUCUAAGAAGGAAGCGAACAGCACUCAGAGUCAAAAAGAGGAGGGUUCAAACGAUUCGAAGACGAAGGAAGACAAUAUGCCAUUAUUAAUACCAGAGUUUGCCUUGAACUUUGAUUCCAGUUCAGAUAGAGAUAGUUCCAGGUCCCCUCCAGUAAUAACGAAUCAAGAAGAGGUUAAUAAUGCGACAACGGGUGAAAAGAGUAUAGAAAACAAAGUGAUAGCUCCUAUCGAGAAAAUAGCAGAGGGUAAAGAUUCUUACAAGGAUUGUGAAAUGACCAUUGCUGAUAUUAUAACGCAACUAGCUUAUCAUGAAAAGGCAACAAUAAAACAUAAAAGGUAUUGUAACUUAUGCGAGAGAUGGUUUCCCACAACAUCACGACACCGAAGACACUUAGCCGGAUAUCAACACCGUUACAUGGAACUGACACAACGUAAAAGUAUUCACGCACUUUUCAUUCUAUUCACUGGUAAACCUUGUCCACGACUCUUACCAGCAAACGUCAUUCGGAAUGAUUGUUCUAUUGGAGAAUUAACGCCAUUACAAAUCGCUGUUCAGGAUAUCGCAAAGUGUGUAGAAUAUACACAACAAGAUUUUAAAACAAAAGAAUGAUAAUAACGAGUUGUAACAAAUUAUUUUGAUUGCAUAUAUGCAUUUCCUGUGAUCACCUAUACUGGAACAAAUGAUGUGAGUACCUUUAAACAAGUACUAUAAUAAUAAACGUAAAAAGGAGUAACACUUUUAAUCUCAAUCGAAUCGUACAUGUUCAUUAUGUUGGUAAUGAUAUUACCGUUGUACAAUUAUUAUGAUAAAAGAAGAAUUAACGUCAGAGUGAUGUUAAUUGUUAAAAGUUACUUGAAAAUAGAAAAAAAAUAUUUUAAGUAGUUGUAUAUUUAGCCAAAGAUUUUAGCAAAAAAAAAACGUACAUGUUAUAUUA